AUGGGGACGCUCGUGGCAAAGCUGCUCCUCCCCACCCUCAGCAGCCUGGCUUUCCUCCCCACGGUCAGCAUUGCUGCCAAGCGCCGCUUCCACAUGGAGGCCAUGGUCUACCUGUUCACCAUGUUCUUCGUGGCGCUGCAGCUCAUGAAGGAGAAGAAGGGUCUGUACCCCGACAAGAGCGUCUACACCCAGCAGAUAGGCCCCGGCCUCUGUUUCGGGGCGCUGGCCCUCAUGUUACGAUUCUUCUUUGAGGAUUGGGAUUACACCUACGUGCACAGUUUCUACCACUGCGCGCUGGCCAUGUCCUUCGUCCUCCUGCUGCCCAAGGUCAACAAGAAGGCCGGAAGCUCGGGGCCCCCCGCCAAGCUGAACUGCCCCGCCCUCUGCUGUGCUUGCGUCUGA